AUUGCGAUACUUCCCUAUCCGAGUCCUAACAAAGGAGAUUUGCGAAGAGAAUGGCGCCGGUUCUGUAUCUAAACCCGCCAACUCUAACCCCAACACUCUCUCACUCAUCCUUUACUUCCUCCGAGUUAAAUCGUUACCCACUCAGCGAUACCUUUCGCCCUCAAAAUGUCGCCCAUAGCUGGACCAUUCUUCAGCGAAAGCUCAAGUGCCAUGGCCGGUUUUCUUGCCUUUUCUCAGACAAUCGUCGAGAGGAUGAAGCUAAGAAAGCAUUAGAAGGUGCACUUGGUGGAAAGAAAAAUGAAUUUGAGAAAUGGAACAAAGAAAUAAAGCAGAGAGAGGAGGCUGGUGGAGGUGGUGAUGCUGGGGGCGGAGGUUGGUUUGGAUGGGGCAGACGGUUUGGAUGGUCCAAUGAUGACAAUUUCUGGCAAGAAGCUCAACAAGCAAGUCUUGCCGUGUUAGGUAUUCUCAUCAUGUAUCUUAUAGUUGUUAAAGGAGAUGUGAUGCUCGCUGUCAUAUUCAAUCCGUUGUUGUAUGUUCUGAGAGGUACAAGAAAUGGACUUACUUUCAUGACAUCUAGAAUUUUGGGGAGGACAUCACCAAAUAGUUUCAAUGAUUCUGAUAUCAAAUCAAAUGAGGCCUACAACCGUGUCUCUGCUAAAGACAGAGUAUCAAGCAAAUGGGGAAACUAGUGAUUAUGAUGUUUUUCACGGUAGUGUUUGCCAAGACAGUAUCAAGCAAAUGAGGAAACUAUUGAUGAUUAUGUUUUUUGUUUAUACAUUGUCCCCAUGUUUUGUGAAGUGAAAUCUGAAAAUAUGGAUUGCACCUUGUGCAUUUUGCCUUCAAA